CAAGCAACGUUUUUGGAUGAUCCUCCUAGUGAUUACUUUAGCAGAACAUCGAUGGAUGAUUGCGUACAAAGAUUCUAUACGGAGCCAGAAAAAUUAUAUUUAAAAGUUGGAGUUUAUAGGGGGUCUCGUGUGUAUCGUGGUGAAUUUCAGCACAUGGUGGCUAUCGGUUGGAUUCGUCCCAAUGGCAAAAUCGACUACCUUUGUGGUGGGUCGCUGAUAAACGACGACUUCGUACUGACUGCAGCCCAUUGCGCCGUGGACGAGUUCAAUAUUGCGCCGAACACGGUUCGAAUCGGAGACACUGAUCUUGGCAGUGAAAAGGACGAUGAGUUUGCGAAACAGAUCGCAAUCGGGCGCAUUAUUGUGCACCCCCAGUACCGGGGAUCGCGAAAAUACUUCGAUCUGGCGUUGAUUCACCUGGCGGAGCCAAUCAAAUAUUCAGGGGCAGUCUGUCGGGCUUGUCUGUGGAGAGAACCUUCGCUACCUCCUGAGCGAAUGGAUGCCAUCGGGUUCG